UAUAUUUAUUAACUGCAGCCAUAACUAGACUGUUCUGUUCGGAUCGGAUUUUGAGUUGUUUUGAAACUUCGCAGUUUGACACAAUGGCAGAUUCUGAGCAAUCACAAUUAAUUGAUGAGUUUUGCAAAGUCACUGGAACUGAUGCAUCAAGAGCCCGAAUGUAUCUAGAAGCUAAUGGAUGGGAUAGCAAUUUAGCCAUGUCAAGUUAUUUUGAAGAAGCUGAUGAAGAGCCAGAAGCAGAGAACAUGCACUCUGCAUUUCCACGUCCAGGAAGUCCUAAACCGACAUUCCCACCAACAAAUCCAAGCCGAAUUGCAACAUUCGCUAGCCUCAUGAACAAUUCUCAGAAUGCGGAUGAAGAAGAAGGUCAAGCAUUUUACGCUGGAGGCUCUGAAAGAAGUGGACAACAGGUUUUAGGACCAGGAAAAAGAAAAGCAGUUGGAAAUGAAGUUGUUGAAGCAAUGUUUAAAGCUGUUAGACAAUUUGGAGGAGAUGUUGUGGAUCAUUCAGCUAAGCGUUGCAGCUCCACCAAAUUAAAGGCCUUUAAAGGAGCAGGUCAUGUGCUUGGAACAACAGAAGGUGCAAGUGAUACAGUUGCUGGCCCAUCUGAUGAAAAUGCUCCACGAGAGGUUGAGGUAGUUUUGCGGCUGUGGCAAACAGGAUUCACUGUGGAUGAUGGACCAUUGAGAGAUUAUAACGAUCCUAGAAGUAAAGAAUUCCUUGAGUGCAUUCGAAAAGGAGAAAUGCCCAUUGAGCUGAUAAGAGGAAGAGAUACUGAAGUGCAUCUCAAUAUUGAAGAUCAUUCUCAUGAGGAAUAUGUCCCAAAAAAACCAAGUGUUAAGGCAUUUUCUGGAACAGGUUUCAGACUAGGAAACCCAACACCUGUUAUGCGGACAGAAGCACAACCAGGUGACAAAAAUGAUGAUGGGGCUCAAGAAAAUUUGAAUUUAGAUGAGUCCAAACCCAUCACAAGUGUUCAAAUUAGACUUGCAGAUGGAUCUAGGUUGAUGAUGAAGGCAAAUCACAAUCAUACUGUAGGCGAUGUAAGAAGGUUUAUUGUCCUAGCUCGUCCACAAUAUAGUGCAUCUGUAUUUUCUCUGAUGACUGCCUUCCCUACCAAAGAGCUAAUUGAUGAUGAAGCUACUUUAGAAGCAGAAAACUUAUUAAACUCUGUGAUAGUGCAAAAACUUAAAUAGAUCUAGUUCUCUGUGUAUGUGUAUUUUCCUAUUUCUUAAUAAAUUGGUCUGAAUUGGAAUUUUUUUUGUAUAUAUCUUUAAGUGCUCUAUGGCUUUGUUUUCAAUAAUUUUUUAAUAAAGCCAUUUAAAUUUUAUUUUCAUAUAUUCUGUUUUUUUAAUCAUUUGUGAUGUGCAAAUUUUUAUUGUGAGAAAAUACUGAACUGCAUGCCAACAUUGUUUUAACAUUUUUAUUUAUUAAUGAAUGAAAAUAAAUAUGCCUUGUAAUCUUUAAAAUUAUUGUGCUUUUAUAUUCUUGUAUUUUAACUAAAAUUAUUCAAAAUAUGUUGAUAUAUGGUUCUGUUUCUAAAAGUUUUUGUGUAAACUUUAUAAAAAUUAAUUUAUAAUUAUGAAUAAGCUUCAAGAAAUCAGUCUUAAAAUUUAAUUCUUGAGAUUAUUUUAUUUGCUUCUGUGUUAAAUAGUCUUAAUGUGUAUUAAUUAGAGCUUGUCCAUAAUGACACAGAAAUUUAAAAAAAAACUGGAGCAAUCUCUUGCCUAUUUCAAAUCUCCAGAAGGAUUACUGAUCAAUCCUUCCAAGCUUGCUCUGCAAGCUAAGCUCAUUUUACUUGCUAAUUUAAAAGUAUUGCAUUCUAACAGUUAUAAAAAAAAUUAUGACUGAGAUUAAUUGAUUUGUUUUUGAUGCUUUAACUUAAAUUAAUAAAGAAUAAAAUUUA